CCGGCCCGAGUAGACGCCUGUCCGGAUGGAGGGCGAACCUUUCACUUGAAUUUUUUUUGUUUUUGUUUUUUGUUUUUUUGAGGGGGGAGAGCAGCCUUUCACGUUGUUCGCGGCAUGCACGAUAUUUGGGCGUGUUCUGACAUUUUUUUAAACCCCCACGUGAGGAUUAACAUUUUCAGCCAUGCAGUCGUUCGUGACACCGUUGUGGAAGUGUCCACGGUCCAGUGAUGUGCUAUGGUGAGCCAACAAGCUAAUAGGACGCUAAGCAGGGGGUUGCUUUGGGAGACACCUUUUGAACAAGUCAACAAAUGAAUCGUACACGCUGUUAAUUUUCAACACGCUGGAAACCAAGGGGGAUGUCUAACCAAGGAGUUCGGAGGAAUGGCCCAGUAAAGCUGCGGUUGACAGUCCUGUGUGCUAAGAACCUGGCAAAGAAAGACUUCUUUCGGUUACCCGAUCCCUUUGCCAAAGUGGUGGUUGACGGUUCUGGACAGUGCCACUCUACCGAUACUGUGAGGAAUACAUUGGACCCGAAAUGGAAUCAACAUUAUGAUCUAUAUAUUGGAAAGGCAGAUUCGAUCACCAUCAGUGUUUGGAACCACAAAAAGAUACACAAAAAGCAGGGAGCUGGUUUUCUGGGUUGCGUCCGCCUCCUCUCAAACGCCAUCAACAGACUUAAAGACACCGGUUGUGCUGAAUUAAUGGGACUCCUUUUACCCCUCGCAGAUCAGAGACUGGACCUCAAUAAGCUUGGCCCCAACGACAAUGAUACAGUCAGAGGGCAGAUAGUUGUAAGUCUUCAGUCAAGAGACCGCAUAGGUACCGGAGGGCCAGUAGUGGAUUGCAGUCGUCUCUUUGACAACGACUUACCUGAUGGAUGGGAAGAGAGAAGAACAGCCUCUGGAAGAAUACAGUACCUGAACCACAUCACGCGCACCACACAGUGGGAGAGACCCACCAGGCCAGCUUCAGAGUACUCCAGCCCAUCUGGACGUCCUUUGAGUUGUGUGGUGGAUGAGAACACACCGGUGAUGACACCCAUCAACGGGGCGGAGGCCAGUGGCCCACCGGGAGAGCAGCGACUCCAAGAGAGACGUGUGCGAUCACAACGGCACCGCAACUACAUGAGUCGAACGCACCUGCACACGCCUCCAGACCUGCCCGAGGGUUAUGAGCAAAGAACGACUCAACAGGGCCAGGUCUACUUCCUGCACACACAGACUGGAGUCAGCACCUGGCAUGACCCUCGCGUUCCCAGGGACUUGAGUAACGUGAAUUGCGAGGAGCUUGGCCCUCUGCCGCCAGGCUGGGAGAUUAGAAACACUGCAACUGGCCGCGUCUACUUUGUGGACCACAACAAUCGAACAACCCAGUUCACAGACCCCAGACUGUCUGCGAAUUUACAUCGGGUUCUCAACAGUCCCAGUCCAAAUGGAUCCCGUGUGGUCACAGAAAGCCAAAACACUAACCACAGCCAUCCAGCGCCGAUAAAGGGCCAGGGAGGUUCCAGUGGCCCACAGCAAACUUUGUCCCCAGCCCAGUUGCCGGAGGAGGCAGAGUGCCUGACGGUGCCCAGGUACAAGAGAGAUCUGGUGCAGAAGCUCAAGAUUCUACGUCAGGAGCUCUCUCAGCAACAACCCCAAGCCGGGCACUGCCGAAUCGAGGUGUGCCGUGAGGAGAUCUUUGAGGAGUCGUAUCGGCAGGUGAUGAAGAUGCGACCAAAGGAUUUGUGGAAAAGACUGAUGAUUAAAUUCAGAGGAGAAGAGGGACUGGACUACGGCGGGGUUGCAAGGGAAUGGUUGUACUUGUUGUCCCAUGAGAUGCUGAACCCGUACUAUGGCCUGUUCCAGUACUCCAGAGAUGACAUCUACACUUUACAGAUUAACCCCGACUCGGCUGUCAACCCUGAGCACCUGUCAUAUUUCCACUUUGUGGGUCGCAUCAUGGGCAUGGCAGUGUUCCACGGCCACUACAUUGACGGAGGCUUUACGCUGCCGUUUUACAAACAACUGUUGGGAAAACCCAUCACACUGGAUGACAUGGAGUCUGUGGACCCCGACCUCCACAACAGUCUCGUUUGGAUCCUGGACAAUGACAUCACUGGCGUCCUGGACCACACCUUCUGUGUUGAGCACAACGCUUAUGGAGAGAUCAUUCAGCAUGAGCUGAAACCCAACGGAAAGAGCAUCUCUGUCAGCGAGGACACCAAAAAGGAGUAUGUCAGGUUAUAUGUGAACUGGCGUUUCCUACAUGGCAUCGAGGCUCAGUUUUUGGCACUGCAGAAAGGCUUCAAUGAGGUGAUCCCACAGCAUCUGCUCAAAUCCUUCGACGAGAAGGAGCUCGAGCUGAUCGUGUGCGGCCUGGGAAAGAUCGACGUCUCCGACUGGAAGUCUAACACGCGCCUCAAACACUGCACGCCCGACAGCAACGUCGUCAAGUGGUUCUGGAAGGCGGUGGAGUCGUUUGAUGAGGAGAGGAGAGCGCGCCUGCUGCAGUUUGUCACCGGCUCCUCGAGGGUGCCCCUGCAGGGCUUCAAGGCACUGCAAGGUGCAGCAGGACCUCGACUUUUCACCAUUCAUCAGAUUGAUGCCAACACCAACAAUUUGCCCAAAGCCCACACCUGCUUCAACCGUAUCGACAUUCCGCCCUACGAGAGCUACGACAAGCUAUACGACAAGCUGCUGACCGCCAUCGAGGAGACCUGUGGCUUUGCAGUGGAAUGAGAGAGUGUGUGUGUGUGUGUGUGUGUGUGUGUUGACGUGAGACCGUAUGGCCUCACCCAUGCAGCAGAACUGAGCGUCCCGCUGUCUUCCUCUCUUUUUCUUGCUGCUGUCCACGUCCUUCCCGUAUCCGUAUCACCCAGAUCGGGACUUUGUUUGGUGUUUCUUUGUGUUGUGGCAUCGCUGCGAGUGGGCAGACGGCGGCAAAGACCACCCUGCGCUCCCCCCUUCAUUCUUCAACUCCUUCCAGGCAUUUGUUAAGAGCAGGACAAGAAUCAGUGUUGCUCCGUGCAUGUCAUGCACCUGUGACUUCUCGCUGUGUCUUCUUCAGGUAGCCACUUCUUGCCCACGCUCAUAAACUUCAUACAUCGAAGUGGGGAGCCACACGUUCAUCCUACCUCAGUCCAAGCUCUAGUGUGUGUGUGUGUGUGUGUGUGUGUGUGUGUGUGUGUGUGUGUGUCUGUGUGUACGAGGGAUUCAGUUCAAUUCUCAAGCCCCUCAUCGAAGCAAGUCCAGUUUUGAUAGCAGCCCUAAAAAGUUAAUAUAUUGUUUUGGGAUCUGGCUGUGAUUUUUGUAUUUUAUUAUUUUUUUUAAUUAUUUUCUUUUAAAGUAAAGCAUGUCAGGUGCUGAGGAGACGGACUCUGGUGAAGAAAUUGUGUGCGUCUGUGUGUUUGUCCAAAUCCAUGUUUGAAAGCAAAGAUUCAUAGGUCUUUCUCGUUUUUUUCACCUCGAUACCGUACAGUGGACCCUUCAAAGUUGAAGACAUACUUUAAGUUGUUCCCCAGGAAACAAAAGAAAAUCAUUUAUCCAGCCUCGGCCUUGAGCUGCUGUAGAGGUUAUAGCAGCAUUUGAACACCCCUAACUGUCACAAGUAUAAAGAGUUAGUGAACUUACACUGUUGCGAGCGGCAAGACCCUUUGCUAUGUCACAGUAACUUGCAUUUUUGCUUCUGUGGUUGUCCCGUUUUCCUUCAACACAUCAUGAAAAAAAAAAAAAAAAAAACACUUGGGUUAAUCUUUUAGUUGUUCACUGAUGGUUUAAAUUCCACAUCCUACCACACUUGGGGGUGUUUCCACUUUGGAGGUUCCACUGUCCAUGUUUCAAGCUGAACUGUAGAGCCUCGUUUGUCUUUUUUUUUGUUUUUUUUUUCUCUCCUCCCAUUCGUUCAUCCAUCCGCAUUUUGUACCGAUGCGUUCUUCACCCCGGGCGCCCUGCACGCUCGCUGUUUUGCAAAGUGUCCACUGCUGCAGACAGACAGAUGUUUAUUUUCACUUGUCACUGUCAAGCACUUUAGCAAGCGAGCGAUGAUGUCAGGAGUAUUUCCCCCACACCCCAACAUUGAAACAGGGUUUCCGAAAUGAGCCAAAUGAAAACUAUUUUUCCUCCCUGGCGACCCAAACUUGGAGAAAUACAUGAAUGUUGACACAUUCUGAAUGAAAAAGCCCUUUCCAAGAAAUGAGAUCCCUGAUUGACGAUCAAUAAAAUAGUUUACAACGUUUCACUUGCUAAAGUGUAGGAACCCUUGUUUUCAAAUGUAUCAUGUCUACUUUGCUAUACUAUAUUUUACAAGUAUACAGACUAGAGGAACACAUAUCUAUACAGCAAGUAUAUAUGUGCAAAUAUAUGAUUUUGUUAGUGUUCCUUGCAAAUGCAGCAUGUCUGUCACAGACCUCCUUGCAUUCUCAGGUGAACUUGUGCUUUUUCUUUUUGUUGUUGUUUUUUCGGCUGUGGGUUCUUUCUUUUUCUCCAAUGGGGUGGGUGGGAAGGACAUGAUUUUUUUUUACAUGAUUUAAUGAGGAGGGCUUUCAAAAAGGGAGACGCCUGACUUUUUAAUCGUUGUCCGUUCAUAGGAGAAGCGUUUGCUACUGGGGAUGUUUCCACUAAAUUCCAAGCAGCCCAGAGGACAACGUUUCAUAUCUCAACAAGUCUGUUUUGCGUAGCCGUGACUAUUUGUUUCGACUUGUGAGUCAUCUUUUUUGUUAUUUCUUCACUGGCUGCAACCAUGAAGAGCUGACAAAUUCUUCUCUGAACAUUUACAGAGGAUUUUGAUGUUAUCUUUAACACAACAACAUAUAAAUGCAUUGCAAGUGUUAUUUGCACACAUCAUGUAUACUUGGACACUUCCAUUUAUGUACCAAAUACGAAUGGACUGAUUUUGAUGUAGACCACAUAUACUGUAUGCACACGCACGUUCCUGCUAUGCCGCACAUGUAUGUUUGUCCACAUCACGUCUAGUCGCUUUUCUGUUUGCUGGCUGACUCGCAAACACUUCGGGGGGGCCAAAUUGUCCCCAAUAAAACCAACCAUCCUUUCAAGUAAUUCUGAAUACCAUUUUCCCCAGGUUUUUGUAUUUAUUGUUACAGUAACUAUUCAGUUUUUCACCUCAGCUGCUCUGUGAGCGUGUAACUGACAACUGUACAAAAGGACAAUAAAGAAGCAAAGAUAUUAAAAAGACUGGGGUGGGGGGGGUAACUAAUUCUUGAAUAGUUGCAGAAAGCGGAGCAAUAAAGCACUGCUGUCGUACAUAUGACAGCAUUAUGUUUCAUAGAUGCAUGUGUAUCACUGUGCCUACAUUUUAAAUGGAUAAUGUUGACCAUUUUAAUGAGGGGCUCGAGUGCAAUAACUUGCUUGCAUAAAUGUGCACACCCUCAAACUAAUACUUCGUUGCAGCACC